GUAUAAAAUGUUAAAAGUUCGCAGCAUUAUCCUGCUGCCAAGGAGAUGGAAGAGCGGAGCCAAGAAGCGAUGGAACCUCGUGCAGAACAAGAAGAACAAUUGCGACCGGGCAAUGGAUAACUUUGAUGAUUUCUACGGCAGUGUUUACGGCAGCCGAUGGAAGAACAUGCGGGCAGCGCUUCUAACGAGGCACAAAUACGUUGCCAUGGUGAACAAUUUCGGGGACACGGAGCAGACAUGCAGCAUGCUGGAAACGGAUGGAGCCAUCAACAUGAAGUCCCUGAUUAAUCUGGCCCAGGAUCGUCUAAAGAAUGGUGUGGCAACGAUGCCGGAACAAGGCAAAUCCCGUCAUGAAAUAGAGGGUAAACUAGAUGCCCUACUCCGAAAGCAGCAGGAACGUGAAGUGGCCUCUAUUUAUCCGAGUUCUGGAGAGGAUGGUUCAGCCACAGCACUGCCACAACAACUGAAGUUUGAUAAUUUAGAGGAAAAGCUGCCAGAGGUGGAGGAAAUCCAUAAUCCCUUUAGGCAAAGCUUAACCAAGGCUUUGGAGGAAGAUGUAAAGCUGGAUGAGCAUCGUUUGGUGGAUCCACAGUUCGGCACUGGCGGACUCUAUGAAUAUAUGCCCGCUCACAGCAUCAAGGGCAUGGAGGAUUGGGUGGCGGAGUCGGAGCACUAUAAGUACUAUCAGACCAGUGCUGAUUUCCCGCUCACCAUUGAAAAGGAGCCUUCGUUUCACUAUCCCGAGCAUCUCUCUUUGUACACCUAUGAAAUGGGCAAUUGCUCGGACUUUAAGGGGCCCAAAAAGUGCUUGACGGGAGUGCUCUCCCACUUCAUGAUGGAUGGCGCCUCCACUUUGCCACCGCUUUUCCUGCAGGUGCAGCCCGGUGAGCGAGUGCUCGAUGCCUGUGCCUCUCCUGGCGGCAAAUCGCUGCUCAUGCUGCAGACCCUUCACUUGGACCACCUCGUCUGCAAUGACAUCCAAGAGUCCCGACUGAACAAGCUGAGGAAAGUGAUGCAGGAGUAUCUGUUUGAUUAUAAGGAGCGGUGGGCGGGCAAGCGGCUCAUCUUCAACCAGAGCGAUGCUCGAAAUCUGGACCAGUAUGAGCAGUUUGACAAGAUCCUGGUGGAUGUGCCCUGCACCACGGAUCGCCAUGUGGUAAACGAGCAGGACAAUAACAUCUUUAAGCCAACGCGCAUUAAGGAACGCCUGAGGAUUCCCGAACUCCAGGCAGGCAUCCUUUCCAACUGCCUGCGACUAUUAAGACCAGGUGGAAGCUUGGUUUACUCCACCUGCUCGCUGUCGCCCAUUCAAAACGAUGGUGUGGUUCACAUGGCCCUGCAGAAGGUGUUCACGGAGCAUGGCAUCACCGCCACCAUCAAGGAUCUGAGCCAGCACACGGCGCUCUUCAGCGAUGUCUUCAAGUUUGAGCACCCAAAGGGUUUGAAGUAUGGACAAAUGGUAGUGCCCUACCUGCCGGCCAACUUUGGACCCAUGUAUUUCAGUAAAAUAACUAGAAAUGUUUGAGAAACUAAAUUAAAGAUGAAUGUUAAAGCUGUAAUUUGAAAAAAGAUUUCAACGUCUACCUAAGUUGUUUGUUUUUAAAGCGGAUAAUUUAAAUAUAUACCUAUAUACUU